GCUUGACAAUGGCACGCAUUUCCUUUUCUGGAGUCUGGGCUGGAUUCCUAAUCUCCCGAUGCUGUCAGAAAUGAAAGCAUCCUCCUUUUUUCCCCCCUGCUCCUCGCGACUUAGUUGCCUGGAUUUCUGGAAGCCUCAUUAAGCUCUGCGCUGUCUGGAAGGGAGGGAUAAUUCAGAGACAGAGAGGUUCCUGGGCGAUAAAUCUGCAAAGAGGAGAGCUGAGGCGCAGAGAAAUAUCAACCAUCGGGGGAGCAGAGGGCGCGGAUAACAAUAUGUCGGCACUCCAGAAGUGCCGUCGCGGGACUUAAUUUCAUCUUCGUGGCCAUGUAUUUAUAAGAUGUCUGCGGAGGGUAUUUCAUCAACUUUAUCAGCAACAGGGAUGAUGGAAUGGAGGGCAGGCUUAUUGAAUUUGUAGAUGACACAAUGCCCCAGGCUUCUGCAGAAAUCUGGAGUUUGUUGUUUGGUGAGGCCCAAGACCUGUCUGGCUGAGCUGUUUAAAGGUUCCUCCCUGAAGUGGAUUUAAAGUGGAUCCAAGCUCUAGUGUGACGAGGUCCAAUGUCUCCGUGAGGGGCGUGACAAGGUGUUUUCCUACACGGCAGAAUGGCAUUGGAGAGGAUGGCCCUGGGGCUGUCUUCAACUCUUGGGUGCAGGGGCGGCUGAACCGAGCCAUGGGGGUCCUGAUGUCCAAGCGCCAGACGGUGGAGCAGGUCCAGAAGGUCAGCCUGGCGGUCUCGGCCUUCAAGGACGGCCUGCGGGAGCGUCCGUCGGCCGCCAAGCGCAAGUCGGAAGGCACCAUCAUCGCCCGCCGAGGGACCCUGGAGGACACGGUCCAGGAGCUGAAGGAGGACGAGGAGGACGAGUGUUCGGAAGAGGGCUCUUCUUCGGCCGGGUCAUCCCGCGCGGCGGCCAGAGCAGUGGCCAAAGCGGCCUGGGAGAGGCUGCGGGACGGCAAAGGCAUCGAGCCGGAGGAGUUUGCCCGGAACAGGUUCUUUGCGCCCCCGGCCUUCGUCCGCCCCAAACGAGGGGAGCAGGAUGACGACCCCAUCGAGAUCAGCCUGGAGGAAAGAGAGCAGGUGACCAAUGACGAGAUGUGCGAAGUGUGCGAGGUCUGGACGGCGGAAACCCUGCUCCCCUGCCGCGUCUGCACCAGGGUCUACCACGACGGCUGCCUGCGCCGGAUGGGCUUCCUGCCCGACGGAGACGCCACCGAAGUCCUGGAGGGCGCCCAUACGGAGACCGGGUGGAGCUGCCACUGUUGCGACAACCUCAACCUGCUUCUCACAGACGAGGAAAUGGGCCUCUUGUCCGAAUCCUUCAAGAAAUGCAAACUCGCCCCUGAGUGCCCACUCAGCCUGGAGGAGUUUCUGAGUUACAAACGUCUGGCCAGCCAGCAAGAGGCCGAGGGACAGAUUGACAGUAAUGGCAGCGAAGGCCUGGACGAACUGUUUACCUUCCAGUUUGCAGCGCUGGACCCCGAAAAGAAGGGCUGUGUCGAAUGGGGGGACUUCCUCUCCCACGAGUCCAUCCUGCUCUUGCAAAGGAGGCGCACGCAGAAUGCCCUUCUGCGCAUUCUGACCGGGAAGGAGCGGGAGAGGGCCCGAGCUGCGUUCCUGGCCCUGGAUCCACCUGAGGAUGGCUUGGUCAGCGAAGGGGAAAGCCAGCGCAUUCAACACUCGUGGUUCCGGAAGCGGCACAAGGAGAUGCCCUCCUGCAACGUCAGUAUCAGCCAUGUGGGGCCCAUCUCUGAGGGCAGUCCCACCACCAGCACCAGCAGCAGCAAAAGCCAGGAGAAGCUCCUCUUGAACCCGGAACCGGAGAAGCCCAGCCGAACCGUCAACUGGUCCACCUUCCUGAGGGACCACACCAUCUACAUCUUAGCUGCCCGGCCCAACAGCCCUGCCAUCCACCUGAAGCCAUCCGCAUAAGAGGGCCCUUUGCCCGGUGAUGACCUGGAAGGCCAAGAGACCUUCACCUUGGCCAAGGACCGAGGAGCUUGCCAUCUUGGUCACUCCGGGACUAGCUUCAUCGCCGGAGACGAGCCACAAGGGACCCCUGCCACCCUCCAUGCCAAGACACUGCCAAGACUGGCUGGCUGCCAGAGAGCAGCGGUGGGCUCCUUGGACCAAUGGCAUCUCCACAUCUCUUCUCAUGCAGGACUCAUGGGUGGUCAAGACAUGGGUGGUUCUUGGUUAUUUCCUGCUUCUUGACAGGGGGUUGGACUGGAUGGCCCAUGAGGUCUCUUCCAACUCUACGAUUUUAUGAUUCUAUGUGGUCAAGACAUGGUCAUUCUCAGCAGUCCAGCCAGUCAAAGGACCUCUUCUCCCUCCCCACUUGGUCACUCUGACUGGCCAAGAGUGGACAGGACCCAGCUAUCCCCCAACUCUUCUCCAUCUCUUGCUUUGCUGAUGAAGAUGCAGAACGUUCUUCUGCAGAGCUUAUGCGUCACAGCCUAUCCCUUGCUUCUGGCUCCAUCUCAGACCCAUCCUGGUUCCCAUCUCCAUUAGGUUAAUUGGUGGGGACGUUCACCACACCUUGGUGGUAUCUAGUUGGCAUCUUCAUCUGUGAUGGCCCAUUCAGGUAUUGCGAAAUUACGGACUUUUGUGUGUGUUUUGAUGACCGGUUUCUGAGAAUCCCUGGGCGCAUUGAGAGGUCUCUUUGUGCCUCGUGGGCAUCGCUCCACAGAGAGGCACCUGGGCUCUUUGCUGCAGCCAAACAUCGUUUCAUCCCCCAAAAAGAAGCCAUGUUUGCAACUCCUGGGGUGAAUGCAACCUGCCUCACUGUACAGCCAAACUCCCAAGAGUUGCAUUUCAUUCCCUCUUUCUUAUCCCCUUUCUCGAUUUGGGAGGCAAAGUUACUGGGGAUGGCACCAGUAAGAAAACACGUGGACCAGUUGCCAAAAUAGGGAUAUCUCAGGUGCUGGGGUUUGGGGCAAAAACCUGGAAUUUCAGGACAAUUUUUGGUGAUGCCAUGAGCAUGAUGUUGCAAGCACCUGGGGAUGCCAUUCAGCUUGGUG